UCAAAUACUAGCGUGGCGAGGAAGAUUGUCGUGAACGCGCACAGGAGGCUUGACGUCACUGAGGCGCCCUGGCUCUCCUGAGCCGCUGGUACUGCUGGUAAAAAGAUGGGAAAAUCAGAUAGAGUCGAGUGAUUAACAUAAAAUGAUCAUUUUUGCAGCUGACUUCCACUCACUUGAGCGAGGAUUCAGCACUGGCACCGGUUUGAGCUCCACCAGACACCGAGAAAGAUUGGUGUCAUAAUUUGUAACACUGGAUAGCUCCUGUUGGAAGAGGAAAGUCUUAUUUAUCAUGAACAUUGUGCCGACCGUCUCCCGCUGAAGCAGGGCCACUGCCACAUUUUCACACAAUUGUUGAAAGUCACUACCACAAAAUCAGCAAGAAUAUAACAGACACUCAAGGUCAUACAUCAGUCUUGCAGCCAGCUCCAUUCUUCUAUUUAGCAGAAGAUGUACGGUAGUGCCCGCUCUGUUGGCAGAGGGGAUGCCAACCAUAGUGGAGGAAGAGAUGGAGGUGGCACUGGUAAUCAGGGAUCUGGCCGUUCUCCUCGCCUUCCCCGCUCUCCACGGAUGGGACAUCGUCGCACCAACAGCACUGGAGGAAGUGGAGGGGGACCUGGAGGAGCAGGAGGCAAGACGCUUUCCAUGGAGAACAUCCAGUCCCUCAACGCCGCAUAUGCCACCUCGGGCCCAAUGUACCUCAGUGACAAUGAGGUUGCCAUGGCAGGGGACCACAUUCCUAAAAGUGGUGGCACAGUGACGACCAUGGGAAGACAAAGGGUGACAUAUGGGUCAAGGGGAAGCAGUAGUGGCGUUGUGGCUGCUAGUACUCCCAACAUCUCCACCUCAGUGCCAGCCAAUGCUGUGUUGCCAGCAGGCAUGAUGGCAGGUGAUGCUUUAGCUUUUGGGGACCACCACAUGGCCUCCACUGUGCCCCAUUCUCUGAGGCAGGCCAGAGACAACACCAUACUUGACCUGCAGGCCCAGCUUAAAGAGGUUCUGCGUGAGAAUGAGAUGCUGCGGCGGGAAGUGGAAGUUAAGGAAAGCAAGCUCAGUUCCUCCAUGAAUUCUAUCAAGACCUUCUGGAGCCCAGAGUUAAAGAAGGAGCGAGCUCUCAGGAAAGACGAGGUUUCUAAGAUCGCUGUCUGGAAGGAACAAUACCGUGUGAUUCAGGAUGAAGCACAGCAUCUCCAGAUGACUGUACAGGCACUUCAGGAUGAGCUGAGGAUCCAAAGGGACCUGAACCAGCUGCUUCAGCAAGAUCCCGCCACCCAAGGCCGGGACCUGGCCCUGACAUCUGAACCUACAGAGGAGAACUACCGGCGGCUACAGGCCGAGCACGAGAGGCAGGCCAAGGAGCUGUUCUUACUAAGAAAGACCUUGGAGGAGAUGGAGCUGAGGAUUGACACACAGAAACAAACCCUGGGAGCUAGAGAUGAAUCCAUCAAGAAACUUUUGGAGAUGCUGCAGAGCAAAGGGCCCUCUGCCAAGGCAUCAGAGGAGGACCAGGAGCGGACCAGGAGACUGGCUGAUGCAGAGAUGCACAGGCAUCACCUUGAGAGUUUACUGGACCAGAGAGACAGAGAGAUUACUGCACUAAGAGAGGAGCUGCACCGUCGGUACGAGGGAACCCCUGAGUCCACCAAAACUAAGGCUCUACAGACUGUCAUCGACAUGAAGGAUGCAAAAAUCAACUCAAUGGAGCGGAGCCUUAGGGACAUGGAGGAGGAGCUGCUAAUGCUGAAAUCCAAUGGACUUCUGAGCUGUGAGGAGCGUCAAGAGGAGAUGAAGCAGAUGGAGGUUUACCGCAGCCACACCAAGUUCAUGAAGAACAAGAUGGAGCAGGUGAAGCAGGACCUCUCCAGGAAGGACACUGAGCUGCUUGGUUUGCAGACCAAGCUGGAGACACUCACCAACCAGUUCUCAGACAGCAAGCAACACAUUGAAGUCCUUAAAGAGUCUCUCACUGCCAAGGAGCAGCGAGCUGCCAUCUUACAGACAGAGGUUGAUGCCUUACGCCUUCGCUUGGAAGAAAAAGAGGCAACUCUGAAUAAGAAGAGCAAGCAGAUACAAGAAAUGUCAGAAGAGAAAGGCACACUCAAUGGGGAAAUCCACGACCUCAAGGACAUGCUGGAGGUUAAGGAGCGCAAAGUUAACGUACUACAGAAGAAGAUCGAGAACCUGCAGGAGCAACUGAGGGACAAGGAGAAGCAGAUGAGCAGCCUGAAGGAGAGAGUAAAGUCUUUGCAGGCAGACACUUCCAACACUGACACUGCUCUCACCACACUUGAAGAGUCUCUUGCAGAAAAGGAGCGCAUCAUUGAGCGUCUAAAGGAGCAGCGAGACAGAGACGACCGGGAGAAGACAGAGGAGCUCGACUGUACCAAGAAGGAACUGAAAGAGUUGAAGGAGAGACUGAGCUUACUGCAGGGAGACCUGUCAGACCGGGAGACCUCACUGUUGGACCUGAAGGAGCAUGCGUCAUCCCUGGCCUCCUCAGGGCUGAAGAAGGACUCAAAACUGAAGAGUCUGGAGAUCACCUUGGAGCAGAAGAAGGAGGAAUGCCUCAAACUGGAGAACCAGCUUAAGAGAGCUCAAAAUGCAGCCCUGGAAGCUCAGGCUAACACUGAGCUAGCCGAGCGCAUUAAGAACCUUGAGCAAGAAGUGGCCCGCCACAAAGAGGAUUCUGGGAAGGCCCAGGCCGAGGUGGACCGCCUGCUGGAGAUCCUUCGGGAAAUGGAGAAUGAGAAGAAUGACAAAGAUAAAAAGAUCAGUGAGCUGGAGAGGCAGAUGAAGGACCAGACUAAGAAGGUGGCGUCUCUGAAGCACAAAGAGCAGGUGGAGAAAAGCAAGAAUGCCCGACUCAUGGAAGAGGCUAGAAAGAGGGAGGACAACUUGUCUGAGACCUCCCAGCAGGUGAAGGACACUCUGCGUCAGAAGACGGAGCGCAUAGAGGAGCUGGAGGAGGCCCUGAGAGAGAGCGUUCAGAUCACUGCUGAGCGAGAGAUGGUGCUUGCACAAGAGGAGGCUGCCAGGUCACUGCAGGAGAAACAGAUGGAGGAGCUGCUGGGGGCCAUGGAAAAGGUGAAGCAGGAGCUGGAGUCUAUGAGGGCCAAGCUGGCCUCCACCCAGCAGUCUCUGUGUGAGAAAGAGGCACACCUCACAACCCUGCGAGCUGAGCGCAGGAAACACCUGGAGGAGGUUUUGGAGAUGAAGCAGGAGGCGCUGUUGGCUGCUAUCAGCGAAAAGGAUGCGAACAUCGCCCUUCUGGAGUUGUCUUCCUCUAAAAAGAAGAAGACCCAGGAUGAGGUCGCUCUGCUGAAGCGUGAGAAGGACAGACUGGUGCAACAGCUCAAGCAGCAGACUCAGAACAGGAUGAAGUUGAUGGCAGACAACUAUGAAGAUGACCAUCUGAAGAGUGCCCCUGACCAGACAAAUCACAAACCCUCUCCAGAUCAGAUGAUACCCCCUCUUCUAGCCCUGUCCCAGAACCGCAGUAAGCUCAAGCUCUACAUCGCCCACCUGACAGACCUCUGCCAUGACCGGGACCCCAGCAUCCUCAGCCAGCUCACACCACCCUCUCACUACCACCACAGCGACCCCGAAGACUGGGAGGAGGAGCUCCAGAAGAUGAACGUCGAACAGUUGGAGCGGGAGCUGGAGGUGUGUGAGAAGGAGAGCGGAGAGCUGCAGGAGUAUGCCAACUCUGUUCUCCAACAGAUCGCAGAUUACUGCCCUGAUAUCCUGGAGCAGGUUGUCAAUGCCUUGGAGGAGUCAUGCUGACAACUCUGACCUCAGACAUAACCCGGCGAACUCCUGGUCUUCACAUAACUUGUAGCUGAACCCAGGCGCCCCUACCUCCACCCAAUGAGGCUCCUGGAAGGAAGGGAGGAAGGGAGGGAGGAAGGGAGGGAGGAAGGGAGGGAGGAAGGAAGGAAGGAAGGAAGGAAGGGAGGAAGGAAGGAAGGAAGGAAGGAAGGGUAUUAUCUCAACCCACUGAGCUCUAAUUCUUUGUUCCCUUCAUCCACCCUGGAACAAACUUUCAUGACCCCUGAGUGCUUUCCUGUCUCAUGUGUCUUUCUAAUGUCAGGCCUGCAAAAAUCAAAGUAGGGAUGUUCGCAAAAGUCUAUCACAGUGCUGUUAAAUACGCCACUUUGAGCAAAUAUCAGAUUACUGACUGCAAACCAAAGGUCUGGUCAUUUAAUGAUGGCCAUGGCAGGUGGUUGAAUCCCAGUGGGAAGAGAAGAACUAAUGUACACACCUAAAUUUACGUCAAGUGGGCAACAGCACCCUGGAGGUUAGUCAAAAGUUAAAAGUUUACCCCUUUAGCAUUUGUGAACACACCAAAUUUGAUUUUUUGACUCAAGGAUACUUGGAAAAAUAUCAUUGCACGUCUGUUAGUCUGGGACAGGUACGCUGGGAGAGAAAAGAUUUCAGAUGAAAGAAGCCAACUUCCGCACAAAGUCUUGGAGUAUACUGCCAACCUUCCUCUCCCCAGAUGGCUUCAUUGACAGCAGGAAUUGCCAGAUCAAGCACAGUUACCUCACCCACUUCUAUCUCAGUUGUUUACUGAGAUAGAAAUUAAAAUUCCUCUCACUAAUCUCUAAAGUUUAAAGGGGUAAGUUUACUCCUCACAUGGGGCAGGAAAGCACCUUUCGUCUUGGAGAACUGGGGAGCUGCUACACCUAGAGGGGAGCAGAGAGGAGCUGAGUUCAGUGUGUAAAUCGUGGAGCCACGUAGACGCGUGUUUUCUAUUUUAGUUUCCUUAGGUAUUUGGUUGGAACCCAGUCUCUAGUUGGAAUACAGCUGCUGGUGGCCAAUCAUCACUUUUUAACCAAAUAAAUGCGGCGUGUUCUCCAGCUGGAAGCUGCGGAUCUGUCCAUGUAGCCAGGACUAGGUUGUAGGUACAUUUUACUGUGUCGUCGUGGCUGGGUCACUGGCAUGAGAGGGGGACCGAGGCCUGACCUUUGACACAGAUCAAAGAUGAGAAUUUAGUUAUACCAAGUUUUCAGCGGAUGAGAGAGAGGGGGGAAAAAAAAAGCUUUUAUUCUUGGUGACGUAUUCAUUUUUAAAUGGGUUUUGCACACAACGUCCACUUGUUUAUGAGGUAUGCAAUGUUUCUUUUGAGAACGUUCCAGUGGCCUUGGAGCAUGCACAGAGAUCAGAACUGGACCUAAUGAAGGGAUAUUUAUUCCUCUGUAAUAUUGGUGCUAAGGCAUGAUGUAGGGAAUUUUUCGAUCUGAUCCACUGAUCAUUCAGUCUCAUCCAAAGUUUCUAUAGAUGUUACGUAAAGCCCACCUGAUCUUAAGUUUGCAGAAAUAAUCACUGAAGAAUACAAGCAAAUGCCCCUUUUUCUUGUGUUUUUCAGAUCACUUAAAAAUGCUAGUGAUGCCUCCUUUAUUGUAUUUUUUUGAAAUCUUCAGGGCUGUGGUUUUUAAUUACUAAGUGCAUCUACAUUUACAGGAAAUGAAAGUCACUUUUCAGCAGAUUUUUACUUUUUAGAUCAGUUUGUAAAUAACGUGAUAUUUAACACGUACAGUGACUGAAUAAAGGUAAUUAAGUGGAAGGUGUUGUGCAUUCUUUUAAAAAAUCAGAAAAGUUCAAAGCAGUGCAGUUGUCUUUGUGUCUAAUUUUGUCUUGAGGACAAAAGUGUGUGUGUGACAGUACUGCAAUAACUUGCGGAAAAUCAUGUUCU